AUGUCAAACCGAUCAGCCGAUAGCUGUCCUCGCACCUGUCGAGGGCAACAGCGCGAGGAGUACCCCGACCACGCCAGCAGCCACACGAUGACGGUAGGUGCGGCGCACACGGCCAAGCCGACGGCGACGUCGCGGAGUGCAGAGCAGCGCCCUCAACGCCAGUCGCACUCGCAGCCGCGCCGCACCGGAUGUCUUGACGUACUCCAGACCAUCCGUGACGGCGUCAUCAAAGCAGUGUGCGUGAUCGUUCCGCCCGGCGGCAUUCUCUCCGGCGCCUUCAACAUGGCGAGCUCUUCCAUCGGCGCCGGCAUCCUUGGCCUACCGGCGGCGACCGACUCAGCAGGCAUCAUCCUCGCCAUGAUCCUCCUCGCCGUCAUCACGUACUUCUCCGUGUUCUCCAUGUACAUCCUGGCACUCGCAUCGGAGAACACGCGCAUCAAGACCUUCGAGGGCUUGGCGCGCUGGCUCUUCCCGGCGAGAAGGUAUGCCUUCUCCUACUGGGCCGCGUUCGUCAGAUUGUUCUACGGCUUCUCUGGCUGCGUCGCCUACAUCAUCAGCGUGGGCAACUGCCUUGGUCCCAUCUUCACCGGCGCCGCAAAGCAGCACCCCGACAACAGUGCCAUCCAGUUCUUCGCCACCACGCAGGGCAAUCGCGUGCUCACAGUCAUCAUUUGGCUCUUCGUGAUGCUGCCGCUGGUUAUUCCGAAGCACAUCGACUCGCUGCGCUACGCCUCCGCCAUCGCGGUGACAUUCAUGGUGUACUUUGUCUUCGUGGUUGUCGCACACAGCUGCCGUAACGGACUGGCGGAAACGUCCAAGCACGUGGAGCUGUCCGGCAACCAGGUGGAUGAUGACAAGCUGGUGCACAACACUGUCUUUCUUUUUCGCACCGGCAACUCCGUAAUCCACUCCGUCGGCAUCUUUGUUUUCGCGUACGCGUGCCAAAUAAACGCGCAGGAGGUUCUGUGGGAUUUGAGACCCGAGAUUCGCACGACGAAGAGCUUCACGCUGUCGGCGUUCAUUGGGAUGAUGCUGUGCACCACCCUGUACGUGCUGGUAAGCGUGUUCGGAUACUUCGACUUUGGCAGCAAGAACCUGCUCGGCAAGUCGCUGCUGCUCAUGUUCAACCCGUUCGAGGAGGCCGACAUCAUGAUCGCCUACGUUGCCGUCAUGAUCAAGCUGUGCGUUGCCUACGCGCUACUCACCAUUGCAGCGCGCAACUCCCUGUACUAUCUGAUCGGCUUCCAGCACCGCUACCGCAACCGCACCGAGGCGGGCGGCGCGGAGGAGCUCGACUUUGUCGCUGGCGACGCCGACGCCACCGUCCAGCAGACCGCGAAUUUGCCCGCGGCGGUGACCAACAGCGACGUUGUCCAGUCCGGCAAGCUCGACGGGGUGGACAACAACCACGGCAUGGAGGGGACAACGAAAGGCCGCAAUGCCUCCCAAACCGUCGAUGAGGACUGCGAAGCAGGUGAGGACGUGGACGAGGAGUGCGUGGACGGGACCGCAGAGGACACGACGUACGUGGACAACAUCCCGUUCUGGCAGCACCUGCUGGUCGUGCUUGUGCUCUCCGUCGUGUCGCUGCUGUGUGGCCUAUUCAUCCCGAACAUCAGCACCGUCUUCGGCUUCGCCGGCUCGAUCAGCGGCGGCUUCAUUGCCUUUAUCUUCCCCGCGCUCUUCGUCAUGUACUCGGGCAACUUCACGGUGGCGCAGGUGGGAUGGUUCACGUACCUGAACACGUACCUGCUGCUGAUCUGCGGUGUUGUCGGCAUUGUCUUCGGCACCGGCGGCACCAUAUACGUUACGAUCUAG